AUGAAGAAGAGAAUAGUUUACUUCUAUGAUGAUGAUAUUGGAAAUUUCAUGUAUAAUCAAGGUCACCCAAUGAAACCACAUCGUAUACGUAUGGCACACAACUUAAUCAUGGCGUACGAACUAUUUUCAAGUAUGCGUGUUUUGAGACCACGCCGUGCGACCGCCCUCGAUAUGACAAGAUUUCAUACAGACGAAUACGUUCAAUUUUUACAAGUUGCAACACCGAAAAAUACAAGUGGCGACGAUCCAGUUUUAGAAAAAUUCAACAUCGAUGGAGAUUCACCAGUUUUCAACGGAGUAUUUGAAUUCUGUCAAAUAUCUGCAGGUGGUUCUAUCUCCGGAGCUCAAGAAUUAAUUUCAGGAAAGUGCGACAUUGCGAUUAACUGGGCCGGUGGUCUCCACCACGCCAAGAAAGCCGAAGCCAGUGGUUUCUGCUACUGUGCAGACUGUGUUCUUGGUAUUCUCAAGUUAUUAGAUCGUUACGACAGAGUUAUGUACAUUGAUAUUGAUAUUCACCAUGGCGAUGGCGUUGAAGAAGCCUUCUAUACUACUGAUCGCGUACUUACAGUAUCAUUCCACAAGUAUGGUGAUGAUUUCUUCCCAUGCACAGGCAAUAAGAAUGAUAUCGGCAUCGACCGCGGAAAAGGUUAUGCCGUCAACGUUCCUCUCAGCGACGGACUUGACGAUGCCGCCUUCGAGAGCAUCUUCAAACCAGUCAUGAGCCGUCUCAUCGAGUGGUACAGGCCAGGAGCCAUUCUUCUCCAAUGCGGAGCAGAUUCUUUGACAGGAGACAGAAUUGGAUGCUUCAACCUCACUCUCAAGGGUCACGCCAUGGCCGUAGAGUUCAUCAAGAACCUCAAGAUCCCUCUCUUGGUCACAGGAGGUGGUGGUUACACAGUAAGAAAUGUCGCAAGAUGCUGGGCAUAUGAAACAGCCGUUUUGACAGAAACACCGAUAUCUGAUGAAUUACCAUAUAACGAGUAUAUGGGAUACUUCGGUCCUGACUACAGAUUGCACUUGCAGCCUUCAAACAUGGAAAACACAAAUUCUGAACAAGAUCUGAAUGACCUCAUGCAGUUAAUCGAUAAUCACAUGAAGGAUGCACAAGCGGCACCAUCAGUCGAUUGGGCACUUGGUGUUGGUACUCAGAAGAAGAUAGAUGCUCUCGGCAAUGUUGUUAAUUAG